AUGCUGCUAACAAAACACAAAUCUCUCAUUAUUUUGACAAUUAUUUCCAUCCCUACCAUACUAUUCUUCUUCCUACAAAUACAAACAACCACAAGAACAUCCCCACAAAACGAAAGUACAACAAUAUCACAUAAUAGUUGUAUUACCACUCCUACACCUUUAUUGUCAUCAUCGCAAACUUUACCAGCAACAACAUUAAUUAACAAAGAUAAUGAUAAAACUCUAUCAAUUACCAUUGUUUCUGGUGGAAAUAGAACAACAAGUGAUGAAACUACACUAUUGAUAAAAUCUAUAUUAUUAAAUCAUGUUGGAAACACUCAAAUUGAAUUAAAUAUUGCUACCGAUUUAUAUAAUAUGAAUUUUCUAAUAGAAAAUGUUUUUAAUAGAAUUAAAGUUUAUAGAACACAAUUGAAUGUUAAUUUUAAAAUUGUAAAUUUAACUAGAAUUGAUGAAGAAUGUAAUGAAUUAAAAAUACCUAUUGUACAUCAUUCAGGAAAAUGGGGAAUGGUAAAAUUAUUUCUUGAUAAAGUAUUUGAUACUGUUAAAAGAACAAUAUUUGUUGAUACAGAUAUGGUAUUUGGAACAAAUCCUGAUUUAUUAUUUUCGGAAUUUGAUAAAUUUAAAGAAGAAACAUUAUUUUCAUGGACAAGAGAACCUAAUUGGGAAAGUAAAGGGCCUAACCAUGUAUGCUCAUGUAUUUUUUUAUGGGAUAUGAAAAAGACCAGAAAGGUAAAUUACUUAAAAGAAUUUGCAAUUCCUGCUUCUAUUGAAAUAUUUGGAUUUGAUGAAAAAACACAACAAAUAUCUAAAGAAAAGAGAAAUGGAAGUGAUCAAGAUUUUUUAUUUGCCCUAAAUAAGAUGAAACCAAAUUUUUUUAAUGAAUUGGAUCCAUCUUGGAAUUUGGCAAAUUGUCAAAAUUUCUUUGGAGUACCAUCACGUUCACGUUCAGCUGAUAGAACAACACAUUUUAUGGGAGCAAUACAUUUCAAUUGUGCUGGUAAUACAUAUGAUGACUGGAAAGGAUGGGAAUGGGUAAAAGAAUAUUUAAUUUGGUAUAGAUGGGAUUGGUUUAGUAGACCAUAUGAAAAUAAUAAGGAUUUAGGAAAAUCUAUAAUAAUUAAACAUUCUUUUUAUUAA